CCUGGCAAGUGUCUUUUAAAGAUUGAAAGUGCCCUGCGAAGAAUGAACUUGUAAAACACAAAACACAAAAUCUCUCACGCUUGAAGUUCAGCAACCCCGCAUUGUGCCAUGGGAUUCAAAGCGUAGCUUUUAAGUGACGUUGCUUGUUUGCAGAGCUGCUCCGUUUGUCGGGCCUUUCUUCUUGACCGGUGAUAUACUAACCCAGCACUAACAGGCGGGAUGGCCGACGGUGCGAUGGAGCAGCUGCCAUUGCCGACAAGCCUCGCCGAGGUUGAAGCAUUAAUCCGAGCACUCUAUCAGCCAAACCCUCCCGAGACCAUCUCCAAGAUUCAGGAGGUUCUGCAUCGGCUGCAGCGGUCUCCCGAGGGAUGGCAGCUCGCUCAGAGCCUGAUUGCCCACCGUGAGGACGAAAUCAGGUUCUAUGCCGCCCUGACUGUCAUCAUCAAACUCAACCGGGACAGUGCCGGCUUGGGUGAGGACGAUGCGAGGGGCCUCCUCGAAAGCAUCAUGGGCUGGACCAUCCAGUCGCUUGUCGAUGGAGCAGCUAAUUUCGUGACCAAGAAGCUGUGCUCGGCGCUGGUCACCUACUUUGUGCACUUCUCGCACCUGUGGCCCAAUUGCAUCCGGCAUUUCAUCUACUGCCUGGAUCUGGGACGGGGAGCUCCCGUGGAGAGCUUAGACGAUGCCCUCCAGACCGAUAUCCUCGUCGCCAAGCUGGACCGCCCGAAGCUGAAUGUGGCGAUAUGGUUCGCUACCACGCUUGUCGAGGAGGUUGGCAAGACGGAUAUGACGGCGCCCAAGUUCAUCCAGGUACAUGGUCGCCUGGUCAAAAAUGCCUCCGAUGCUGCCUGUCUUCUCGCCCGCGGGUUCGAACCUCCUCCCGACAAGCCGGAACUGAAGACUCAGGGAGACGCCCUCAGUUGUUUCCAGGCCUGGAUUCUGUAUGCGCAGCGCGCAUCACCCAACCCCGAGCUAGUCGGCCAGUUGAGGCAGCUCGUCAGCCCUGCUAUUAACUGCUUUGCAGACGACAGCCUAUUCCAGCCCACCGCCGAGCUAUUCAGCGACGUGCUGGCCAACUAUUCCGCUUUCUUCACCAACGAGCACUACAAUGCCCUCGCCUCGCUGUUCGAAAGCCCCUGGGCUGCCGAGCAUUACCGGCGCUUGCUCCACGGCAAUCACCACGAGGACGGCAUCGCGUUCGGCCUGCUGAUGCUGGCCUACGGAGACGCCAAGGUGCAAGAUCUCAUGCAUAGCACCGACCGCCGCUCGCAGCAGUUUCUGGAGAGCCUGAGUGGGCUCCUCGCUGCCGACGGCUACCUUGUGGGCGAGGACACCAUCUUCGUCCCUGCGCUCGAGUUCUGGUCCACGUUCAUCGAGACCAUGAUCGAUUCCACAUACUCGGACGAGCAGGCCGCCCAGACCUGGAGACCGUACGCCGAGCAGCACCUCAAAGCUGUGGUGAUGAACUGUUGGCGCAAGAUCCAGUGGCCGCCGGCCGAGACCUUUGCGGAAUGGGACUCGACCGAGCGCGUGGCCUUCGGCGAUGCCAGGAAGGACGUCACCGACAUGCUCCAGUCCGUCUUCACGCUCGAAGGCCUGAGCCUCGUCUCCUUUUUCGUCGGUCUCUUCCUGCAGGGCCUCGCGGCUCAGUCGUGGCCCGAGCUCGAGGCCUCGGCCUUCUGUCUCGGCGCGCUCUCCGACUGUAUCUCGGACGACGCCAAAUGUGACCCCGAGCUAAGCAAGGUCUUCGCUUCUCCUUUCCUCGACCUCCUGGGCCAGGGCCAUGGCCUGAUUCCGCUGCGCCUCCGGCAGACGGGACUGGCCCUGAUCGAGCGGUAUUGCGAGUACUUUGAGCGCAACUCGCAGUUCCUGCCGAAUGUGCUCAACCUGCUCUUUGCUGCUGUGGGCGACUCUGUUCUUGGAGGCCCGUCAGCGCGCUCCAUCUCUACGCUCUGCUCCUCAUGUCGCUCGAUCCUCACCGGGGAGGCCGGCGCGUUUAUCAGGCAUUACCAGAGCAUCCGCAGCAGCCAGGUGCUCGACUCGCUGGCCGAGGAGAGGAUCGUGCUCUCCAUCGCAUCUAUCAUCCAGGCCAUCAAAGACGAAACCCAGAGACUGGGCAUGUUUGAGGAGCUCUACAACUUCCUCAAGCGAGACUUUGAGCUCGCUGUCCAGCUCAAGGCAAACCCCAGUCUGCUGAACCUUCAACAUCCGGAUUUCCUCCGAGGGCUCGACCCACCGAAUCCGCAGUCUGUGCCGCCGGUCGAGGAGAUCGCACUGCAGAUUGCCCUCCGGUCCAUGAGAUGCCUCGCCAGCAUGGCCAAGGGCAUGCAGGAUGUGAAGGAGCAUCCCAUCGACCUGGACAGCGAACCGCCAUCCCAUCACGGCAAUACAAGCCUCGCCGGCCUGCAAGAGAACAUCAUGCGGGUGCUGGUGGAAGUGCAACGGGUUUUCCACGCCAGCGGGGAGGUCGUGGAGAUCAUCUGCAAUAUCUUCCGCGCCGGCUUCUCCGAGACAGAGCUCGGCCCGUUCGUGUUUCCGCCGGACGUCGUGACGGACUACUUCGUCCAGCAGCGGUUUGAGACGCCGCGGAUUGGCACUCUGCUGAGCACCGCCUGCUCGUUCGUCGGAAGCCUCUAUCGCGGACCAAAGGUCUACGUGCCCGCGCAGCUGGGGCGGCUUCUGCCGUGGGUGAUUUCCAUCCUCCAGGCUCUGCCAGAGCCAGAAGCCGACACGGAGGUCUCGCUCAACGGCAUCUCCUUCGUCGACAAAGUCAUGUCCAAAUACCCCGAAGCCGUCUUCCAUCCAGCGCACCACUCGCUGGUCGAAUUCUUUUUCCUGUUUUCCCUCAAAGUCCUCGACAGCAAAGAGCCCCUCCCCAAGGGGGCAGCGGCCGAAUUCUGGGCGAACUUCAUCUCCCUCAAACCAGAUUCCCUCACCACCACCACCACCACCUCCUCCUCCUCCUCCUCCUCCUCCAGCUCCAGCGGGAAUAAUAAUGAGAUCCAGCAAACCCUGAGCGCAGCAAUGUCGCACCUGGGCCCGCUGCUCGCCCGCUCGCUCGUGUCCAACAUCGGGGGCCACGCCGCUCGGUCGGAGCUCGACAAGCUGAGCGAGCCGCUCAAGCGGCUGGUCACGACGCGCGUCGAGGCCCAGAGCUGGCUGCGUCAGGCGCUGCUGGACGACUCGCUGUUUGGCGUGGGCGGCGCGGCCGAGAGGGUCGGCCGCGGGGAGAGGGAGAUGUUUCUUAGGAGGGUUGUUGGGUUAAGAGGAUCGCGCCAGACGAACCAGGUCGUCAGGGAAUUCUGGAUGGCCUGUCGUGGGUCCAACUUCUCGUAUGCCUCUUAGCGGGGCCGGGCGGAAGUGAGAGCCUGGGGGAA